AUGCUGAAGAAUGCGUUCGCAAAGCCGAUCUCCGUCGGCUACUAUGACAUCGAGAAGACGAUUGGCAAAGGGAAUUUCGCGGUCGUCAAACUUGCAUGCCACAGAAUCACACGGACGAAGGUAGCGAUAAAGGUCAUCGAUAAAAGCCAACUGGACGCGGAAAACCUGCGAAAAGUUUACCGCGAAGUCGAAAUCAUGAAGAAGUUGAGACAUGCGCACAUCGUGAGACUCUAUCAGGAAAUGGAGACGGAGAGAAUGCUAUAUCUCGUGACGGAGCUCGCCAGCGGCGGCGAGAUUUUCGACCAUCUCGUCGCUCAUGGACGGAUGACGGAACGCGAAGCACGAAAGAAAUUCUGGCAAAUCGUCUCCGCCGUUCAUUAUCUCCACACGAAAGGCAUCGUUCAUCGCGAUUUGAAGGCGGAGAAUCUACUGCUGGAUGGAAAUCUGAAUAUCAAACUCGCAGGUCGUUUUGUGGACUUCCCGCGGGGAAGUGAACGGGGAGUGGGCGUGGUCGUGAGUGUUGAUUUCUGGUUUGUUGGUCUAGAUUUUGGAUUCAGUAAUUAUUUCGAUGUGAAUGGGCAUUUGAAGACGUGGUGUGGUAGCCCUCCGUAUGCAGCGCCAGAGCUGUUUGAGGGGAGGGAAUACGUCGGACCGGAAGUCGACAUUUGGAGUCUAGGUGUGGUUUUAUACGUUUUGGUGUGUGGUGCAUUACCAUUUGAUGGUAGCAACUUGCCAAACUUGAGAUCACGAGUCGUAGCAGGAAGAUUCAGAAUACCCUUCUUUAUGUCACAAGAUUGUGAGAAUCUUGUGCGGCACAUGUUGGUCGUUGAUCCAGGAAAGCGUUGCACAAUGGACAAACUACUCAAGCACAAAUGGAUGACCGAGGAGAUCCCCGACAACAUGCAAGCGUAUUACAGUCACAACGUCGAUUACAACAACCUGCGACCCGGAAUGAAUGGGCAGAUAGUGUGGAAUGAUCUUGUCAUACAACACAUGGAGAAGAAGCUUGGAAUUGCGAGAGAUCGGGUUGUUAAUUCUGUUACGGGUAACAAGUUUGACUACAUCGCUGCUAUCUACUUCCUCCUCGAGGAUCACAUUGAUCGUGAGACAUCUCCAUUAGCUGCACGUCGUCCUAUACCAAGAGCCGUCAGUUUGGGUGCCAAAUUUCCAGAUCACGUGAACUUAUUUCCACGUCAGCUGAAGCGAGUGCCAAUCGCGGUCUUGCAAGCCGUGCAGGCAGCCAACGUCUCGGGUGUUUCUAACCUGCAAGGAUCAGAAGCUGCUGGGCGUCUCCACCCUGUCACUGCCAUACAAGAAGACGUAAUCGUUCCGAGUAUUGUUCCCAUGCAUCAGACGCUGGAUUCGAAUGUUGCACGCCCGUCAAGUCCGGUGUCACCUGGCACGUUGUCUCCUGUUGAUAUUAGUGUUGAGAGUGUUCCUGGUAAGGUACAACAGUGGAAGGCGAUGCCACAUGAACCGUCUGGUGACAAAGACCGUUUGAUGGACCCAAACCUGGCUCGUUACCUAAGCUACGGUCGACGUCACACCGUCGCUCCCGGUCAGCACGGCCAUCCCACAAUGGCCGAACUGCGCGCCCGAUUCGGAGGCGGUCUGGUAUCCAAGUCCGACAAUCGACCGACGUCCCCACCGGUCGUCACCGUCGGAAGAACUUCUCCUCGUCCGAUGAGACCCCGUCCUCGCUCCCCGCUCGCAACCCAACAAGUCCACUCUCCCGGACACGUGCAACACAUCGUCUCCCCAUUCGGGGUCAUGUUGUCAUCCCGUAUGAACAGCCGUCGUGCAUCCGACUCGCAAGCACACCACGCUUUAUUAGCACGACUCAAUCAACGCGUAACGACAGAAAACAGUUUUCAACAAUUGAGGGAAGAGCAUCGACAGCUCACAGAGCAAUACGGCACCAUAUCGGCACAGGAAGACAUCGAACGCCAGCAGCAGUUGCAGUAUCAGUGGCAUCAGACGAAGCUGGCAUCCGAGCAGGAACUCAACGUUCAAUUACAGCAGUUGCAGUUGCAACCGAAAGCGUCGAUGAUCGAACCGAUGAGCCCAACGAUUCGGACGAACCCCCCUACGCCUCCGAUGCGACACCUCGGUCCGGUGAUCGCCUCGGAGUUACCCACAGAGUCGGGAGCGAGAGUGGAGGGUGACCCGACGACGUACUCCCUACCGGUGCAUCAUAUUUCGAAGCCUCGGAGAGACAGCAUUCCCGGAUCACCGUACAUGGUCUACUCCCACUCCCCCGAGUCGCAUGUCUACUGUCUGGCGGGCAACGCUCACGUGGUACCGGCCGGUGUUUACUCAUCGGUGACUGGACGGCGCUCGAGUCUCGAGAGCACGCCGUAUCAACGACCCGGAGGAUUGGGCAGUCCGCGUGGAUAUCGUUGUAGUACGUCGUGCGGGCCGCUAGGCAUGCCUCACCGAUACGGCCAACUGUUGGUCCAUCCGUAUCACCCGCUACAGACCGAGACGCCAGUCGUGAUGACAACCAGUUCACCUAUCGACCCGAUGCCUGCGUUCACACUGAGCUUCACGACUCCGGUCAACCACACGAACGGUGGAAUGCCGGUCAGUGUGGCGGCCCCCGUUGAGACCACUAACACGAAGACGGCCGUUCCGUCGAGCAUCCGGUUUGCAGUAUCCGUCAAUAUGACGUCAUCGAAAUCGGUGCCUGACAUCAUGACGGAAAUCGAGCGCGUUCUCUCGCUCUACGUCGCACACGGCCUGUGCUACUCCAUCGAACAGUUCUCGUUCAACGUCGAGUAUCACGGCAUCGUGAUGGAUCUCGAGGUGUGCCAGUUGCCCGGAUUGUCCGUCAACGGUAUUCGACUUCGACGCAUUUCUGGCGAUCAGUGGACGUAUAAGGCUCUGUGCGAUAAACUGCUACAUAGCAUGAAUCUGCAUGAUCAUCCUGUUGCGUAGCGGUCGUGAUGGUGCAUAGUGCAGCAUGAGGAUACUAGAAGCAUCGAGUGUGGUGCAGACGGGAGGGUUUUUACUUGUACAUUUGGCCGAGUGUGUAGUGCUGAUCACUGCACGUUUGGUCGCCACUUGCACAUAAGCCGAACUAAGAGACACGACACGAGACUUUAUGAGACAUUUGAAGAGAUUCUAGUGAGAGUAUAUGUUUCGUGCAGUGCUAUGCUGUGAGUCGAGAUGUUUACUACAUGUUUACAGUCUCAAACAUUGAGAUGAUGCAUAUGCAGUCUUUGUCUGAACGUUUGGAGGCCGAGGACUGACACCUGGGGUAAGAGUGGGUGGCAGGAAGUUACCCAGUUAUCCGGGCUAAGGGUAUAGUAGUCAUCAACCGUACGACCGUAUUUAUGCUCGAUUAGCGCAGGUACAAAUAAAUUUAUUCCGACCA